AUGGAGGAAAAAAACAAAAUUACUCCAGGUGGCACCCACAAUAGUGGAAAUCCACCCGCGGAAAUCCCCGCGGCUAGGGCAAGGAUUCUGGAGGCCCUAACCAUCAUUCCAAUCAAAACUGCUUCACCGGUGGCACACUUGGCCGGUGGCUCAGUAUGUGCUACAAGUGAGACCGCGGAGGAGCUACAAGCUUUCGGUCGGGGUAACAAAAUAAAAAGAACCCCCCCCCGACAGACGGCAAGCGACCACACCCCGAAAAGGUAUCGGGAACCAAAUUCACCGCCCAGCAGUUCCCAACCUGAGAAAAAGCUAAAAACUCCUCUAUCUCCCAUCGAUGAGAUGGGCGCCAUCCUCCUGGACCUCCUCGCUAAGGUCAACGAGCAAAGGGUCAGAAGCAUAAACCAGGGGAUGAAGAACUCUUUCGCGAGACUGAAGGAACUGCAGGAGUUGCUGAAAGACCAAACCCUCAUGGCCCCAAAUCAGGAAGCAGGGGAUAGGUGCAGCUGCAACAGAGAAGCAGGCGGAAAUAAGGCCCACGUCGAGGAAGCAACGCAGAUCACGCCCGUGCGAGCUACAUACAGCAAGGUAGCGAGGACGAAAGGCCCAGCGGAGAAGUUUCCUCCACAAAAAGGCAAACAGGCCGCUGAAAUUAAGGGCGCCAAGAAAAGCCUAGCCAGGAAAAGCCGUCCCGACGCGCUCAUUAUCACGGGUAACGCAGGAAGCACGUAUGGGGAUGUUCUCAAGCUAAUCACUCGCCGUCAAGAUGGGAAGCUAAACGACGUCUGUCAAAACGUUAAAAAAACCAGGCGCACGGCAAAAGGUGAUCUCCUGCUAGAACUGGCGGCAGGAAAAGACGCCAAAGUUUUGGAUUUGAGGCAGACGCUAUCCCAGGUGUUAGGCGAGGCAGCGAGCGUGCGAGCGGUCACAGAGGAGACCAAUAUUAAGAUCCGCGAUCUGGACGACCUCACCACAAAGGACGAACUAGUGGCAGCGAUCGUAGCCCAAAUGAGCACGCAGGAGGAGGCCUUCAGGGUGAAGUCCCUCCGACCAGGCUACUCUGGCACCCAAGUCGCCACUCUGGGAGCGGGCCCAGAUCUCGCCUCCAAGAUUCUGAGUGAGGGGAGGCUGAGGAUAGGAUGGACCGUUUGCAGAGUCAGGGAGCGCAAGGCCCAGCGUCGCUGUUACAGGUGCCUUAACUUCGGGCACAUCGCCGCGUUCUGCAAAGAGCAGACGGAUAGGAGUAACUGGUGUCUAAGAUGCGGGAAACCAGGACACAAAGUCGCUACUUGCACGAGCGAGGCAAAGUGCUUUCUCUGCGCAGCAGCCAACAAGCCAGAUCAGGCACACGUCGCCGGAACGCAAAGCCUCCUCGAGCAAUAUGCGAGAGACAAACGCGUAGGCGUGGCUCUAAUAAGCGAGCCAUUUAGAAAAACAAGGAGCCAAAACUACAUUUUGGACUCCACGCAGAGUGCGGAAAUCUGGGUCUUCGGCACCCAACCAGAAAAUACAUUCGCCGGCGAAGGCUUUGUCCAAGCCAAGGUGAAUGGCAUCUGGCUGAUAAGCUGCUACUUACCGCCGCGUCUCACACUCCAGCAGUUUGGACGCACGCUAGACGAGGUGGCCGAAGCGGCUAGACCCAUAACCGAUGUGAUAGUGGGAGGAGACUUCAACGCCUGGGCAGAGGAAUGGGGGUCAGCCCUCACCAAUGCAAGAGGCCGUACGCUCCUGGAAACCUUCGCGACCCUGGAUGUGGCCCUGCUAAACACAGGCUCCCGGCACACCUUCAGCAGAGCAGGAUGCGGCUCGGUGAUAGAUCUCACAUUUUGCAGCAGCAGGCUUUUCAGGAGGACGACGUGGGCCCUCAGCGAUGAGUACACUGGCAGCGACCACAAAUAUAUUAUCUGCGACACCUCAAACGGAGCAAGAGAAACGCCAGGCUCGAGACCUAUAAGGUUCAACCCAGCGACGCUGCACACCCAAAGGUUCGCGCAAGGAAUAAGGAUGGAAGACCCGAUCGGAGACGCGGAAGACGGUGCGCAACAUGUAAUGCUGGCGGUGGAGCAGGCAUGCCGAUCUAGCAUGAAGCUCAGCAGAAACCAUUCCCGCCACCAUGAACCGGUCCUAUGGUGGUCGCCGGAGAUUGCCGAGGCGAAACGGGAAUGCCUCCGAGCUCGAAGGCUGCACCAAAGAGCCAGGGGAAGACCGGACUUCGAGCCCAAACGGCAGGAGUUCGCCGACAAGAGGAGAGCUCUAAAAACCCUUAUAAAGGAGGCAAAAAAACGGUGUUUCCUGGAGAUGUGCGACGCCGCUGAACAGGACCCGUGGGGAACGGCAUACCGGACGGUGGUCAAGAAGGCCAAGCAAGCCAAGCCUUUACCACCACGAGAACCCCAAACGAUGGAGAAUAUACUUCCGGGUGACGCGUAUCCCGUUCUGGCCGCCGCGCACCCGGAAACUUUCUGGCCCAAUCUGCCAGACUGUGCUCCACCUGCCCGGCUUUCCUUUCCUCCUUCGGGCCUCUUCCUCCACCUUCCUCUUUAG